GUUAGAGGUCACUGGAUUACGCUUGGGGCUGCGGCUGCUGGAGACGGAGCGACGGGUGGCGGCUGGGGACCGGACGGCGGCUGGCUGGGGACCGGGUGGCGGCUGGGGGAGGGCUGGUGUACCCCGUCGGGGGGGUAUGGGCAGGACAGCUAAGGGUGGGGUGGGGGUCUGCACAACCGGGGGGGGGGGGGCCGGCUUAGAACCGGCGGUCGGCGCCGGAGGGUGGCGACGGGGUCGGCGCCGCGGACCGGAGGUCGGUGCCGGCGGUGAAGUCGGGUCGGCACCGAAGGACAGCAGCGGCGCCGGGGACCGGGGACCGGUGUGGGAGAGAGGGUCGGCGCCGGAGGUCGGCGCCGGAGCCGGAGGUCGGGCCCGGAGGUUGGGUCGGGUCGGCGCCGACGGUCGGCGACGGCGACGGGGGCCGGUGACCGGAGCUAGCGAGAGAGGGGGUAGGGAGGAAUAA